UCAUGCGUCGGGAUCAGCCUGCCACGUAUCUUGCGUCGUAUCGCGAGAGAAUCAAAUAUGAAACAUAGCAAGCAAUUAGCUGCAAAGUUAGCUGUUGUUAAUCCCGCGUCAAGGUUCCUGACAACCGUUUGCGCGGGUCUUUAUCAAAUUGUCAACAGCGCGCAUAGUACAAAACCGACGGGAAUUAGUAAUUGCGCAAUUAAUGAGAUUUUGACGCGGGAAUUUUUACAGCGAGCUUUUAGGGAUAGACGCACGCGGCAAUGAUAAGAUGCGCGGAGUGUCGAGACGCGGGAGAGUGCCGAGAGCUCGGGCGUUGAAACACGCUUGCGGUUGCGAAGUCACGAGAGCGAAGUAGUUCGCGGUGGAUUCAUUAGUGUCUCGCUCUCGUGUCUCGUCGAUACAAGGAGGAUGUCCGACGAGGAGUACCCGGCGAUUCCGAUUUCGGAACGGAAGCCACGUUUCACGGUGGCGAAAUACAUACCGGUGCUCGGCUGGCUACCGCGAUAUACCCGGUUGAAGGCCGUGUCGGACCUUAUAGCGGGCAUCACUCUGGGCCUGACUAUGAUCCCUCAGAGUAUGGCCUAUGCGGUAUUGGCUGAACGGAUUCCGCAGUACGGUCUAUACUCUUGUUUUGUGGGCGGUUUCGUGUACAUUAUUUUCGGAACCACUAAGGAGGUCUCGAUUGGUCCAUCGUCUUUGAUGUCCCUUCUAACGCUGCAGUACACGCGAGACAUGCCGCAGGAUUUCGUAAUACUGCUCUGUUUUCUGGUUGGAUGCGUAGAAUUUUUAAUGGGCGUAUUAAAUCUAGGAUUCCUGGUGGAUUUCAUAUCAGUCCCGGUCACGUCGGCUUUCAUGUCGGCGGGAGCUCUCAUUAUAAUAAUCGCUCAGUUACAGGGCCUUCUAGGAUUAAAAUAUAAGUCGGAAAAUAUCGUAGACAAUUUGUACAAACUGUUUAAGAAUAUUGAUAACAUUCGGCUAGCCGAUUUCGCACUCGGGAUUUUCAGCAUCGUGUUUCUUUUGGUCUUCAGGAAAUUGAAAGACAUCGACUGUCGUUGCGCGAAAAACAAGAGAGAUACUCCUAGAAAUGCAACGAUAAAAAAGAUACUUUGGUACUUCUCCAUUGGUAGAAACGCUCUCGUUGUACUUAUUACAGCCACGAUAGCGUAUCAAUUCGAAAAAAAUACGGGAUCCGUUCCGUUUAGGCUCUCAGGAAAAAUAGAAGCCGGCUUUCCUAAAGUAUCGUUACCGCCCUUCUCAUCGCAAGUGGGAAAUCAGACAUACACGUUCGUCGACAUGUGUACUCAUUACGGAAUAGGAUUAGGGAUACUUCCUGUUAUAUCCGUCUUAGCGAACGUAGCAAUAGCCAAAGCGUUUGCGAUGGGAGCCUCCAUUAAUGCGACGCAGGAGAUGCUGGCUCUCGGUCUCAGCAACAUAUUCGGCAGCUUCGUGUCGUCUCUGCCAACCGCCGGUGCCUUUACUCGAAGCGCGGUCGGCAGUGCCAGCGGAGUGCAAACGCCUAUGGCCGGUUUAUAUUCCGGUACUAUGGCAUUGCUGGCGUUGAGCUUUUUAACGCCGUAUUUUUAUUACAUCCCACGUGCGACGCUAUCGGCGGUGUUGAUAAUCGCCGUGUUUUUCAUGAUCGACCUGAAGAUCAUAAAAUUACUCUGGAAAGGAAGCAAGUUGGAUGCGAUCGCGGCGAUGGGGACCUUUGUGAUCUCCGUUCUUAUCGGCAUCGAAAUCGGACUUCUUCUGGGCGUCCUCUUCAACUUGAUCCUUUUCAUCCGACUGUCCGCGAGAGUAACGCUUCAAACAACCAAUUGCAAAACUCAUUUAGGAAAUAGAUACAUAAUGCUAAAACCCGACGCCUGUCUCCAUUAUCCCGCAGUAGGUUCCUUCUGCAAUAAAAUCAUGAGUUUGGCUGGAAACGAUGUUCCGUUGAUCGUGAACUGCAAAAAAUUUACCAGUCUCGAUUAUACUUCAAUUAAGGGUAUUGAGAUACUAUCGAAAAGAUUGAAUCACGAAAGAAAUCAAUUCUGGCUGUUGCAUCUUAAUUCCGACAUCGUGAGAAGUUUCGAUAUUCUUGCCAACAACGAAUACAUUCGUCUGAUUGAGAAAGAAGAGAGUAUCGUGGAUAUUCUUUAUGACAAUGCUUUAUCUAAUAAAGAUCCUGAAAAUUCGAUCAAUGUUACUGUGAAAAAAACAACGGAAAUGGAAAGACUGAGUAGCGGAGACGUCUCGAAUUCGCGACGAAAAAAUUCCGAAUCCAACGCUGAAGAAUUGACUCUUAUGUCUCCAUCUGAAUGCUAAAUACAACAAUAAUUAAAGCGAUUCUGCCUUUAUUUAAUUUAGCCUGUUGAUUAUGUCUAUAAUCUAAAAAUAAAAAAUUUUUUUACAUUCUCUGGUAAAAAUUACCGUUAAAAACGGAAAGAAACGCAUAGUAAAACAUCAUAGUAGAACGUGCAUUCUAUCCGUUUCUGACUGUUUUACUAUGCGUUUCUUUCCAUUUCUAACGGUAAUUUUUACCAGGGUUGUGUACGGCAAAUUAUAUCUAAUAUACGCACAUAUUUGCAUGCUAAUAUAUUAUUUCUAAAAAAUCUUUUUUAUGUAAUUUUUAAUAUUUCUAAUUUUCUCCUUAC